AUGUCGUUACCGGGUACACCAACGACUUCUCCAACCCCGAUGGAUGAGGAUAUUGAACAGACUGUCUCCGUUAACACUGAGCCCAAAAGAGUAAAGGUAUACAUCCUUGAAAACAACGAAUGGAAAGACACAGGAACUGGGUUUUGUAUUGGAGAGGUAGAUGAAAACAAACUCGCAUAUCUUGUUGUCUCAGACGAAGACUCACCAACUGAAACUCUAUUAAAAUCUAAAUUAGAAGGAAAUAUUGAAUACCAACGACAAGAAGAAACACUUAUCGUUUGGAAAGACUUGGGCGGGAAGGAUAUAGCCUUGAGUUUUGAGGAAAGCAUGGGAUGUGAUGCCCUAUGUGAAUUCAUCGUCCACGUUCAAAGAAACAUAGAAUCGAAUAUUUCUUUGGUUACCGUUAAAUCUAGCGACAAUGGACUCGGAUCCGUUCAUGACAUUAUAACAGGCCCCGUGACAUUACCCUCUAAUUGCUCUGAGCAAAAUGGCCAAACAUUACUAGAAGCUCUAAGAAUCUUGAAUGAAAACACCUCUUUUGAUUUUUUGAAAAACGAGACCAUAGAAUUUAUUCUCCAGUCGAACUACGUUGAUACAUUAAUUUCUCAUUUCCAUAAAGCAGAAGAAGAAAAAAUACCGAAGGACUUAUUUCUAUUAAGUAAUAUUAUUAAGACUUUGAUACUUUACAAUCAAAGGGAUAUACUGGAAUCAAUGGUCGAAGAUGAUAGGAUUAUGGGAAUAGUAGGUAUCCUGGAAUACGACACUGAAUAUCCCACAUCAAAGGCUAACCAUAGAAAAUAUCUGGGUUCAAAGGGGCCCAAUUUUAAAGAAGUCAUUCCACUUGAAAACGAAGACCUAAAAAUAAUAAUGAAAAAAUGUUUUCGAUUGCAGUUUUUAAAAGAUGUGGUACUAGUACGGUUUCUGGACGAUCAUAACUUUAAUUUAAUCUCGGAAAUCGUAAUGGAUUUAGAAACAUGCAUCAUCGACUUUCUUCAAGUGGGGACUUUCUUAGAUAGGCUGAUAGAGCUUUAUGAUACUGAUAUCAUUCCAGAUAGCUCCGUAGAGAGAGAAAAGUUCGUACAAAAACGUAAAGACGGUAUCAGAUUACUCCAACAAUGUGUUCAAAUGUCCAUUAAUUUAGACGCGCAUGACCGUUCCAAGUUUUAUAAGACACUUGUCCGAAAGGGUCUAUUCAAAGUCUUAGAUUAUGCAUUUCACAUGGAAACUGAUAGUAACGUUCGCAUUUUGGCUACCGAUACUAUCAUUACCAUCAUCGAGCACGACAUAUUGCUGAUUCACAACGUUCAAAAUGAAAACUCUUUCAAACAACAACACAAAUUGGCCCCGGAUGACAAAUGUUCUACACGAAGCAAUUCACAGGAUUACAACUCCAGCACUGACUCCAAGCUAUUAUUAAUACUUUCAACGAUUCUUUUAACCGACAAAAGUCCCGGGUUACGCGAACAAGUUGUGCAAGCGCUAAACACGUUGCUUCACCCAGAAGGAUGUCUCAGUAAUGGUGAAGGUUCGUAUGAUAUCAUGAGUAGAUCCAACAACGAAUCAAAAAAUACCUCUGAAGACUUCCCAAAUUUCGGUUAUGGAUUGAAUUCGGAUUCAAUUAAUUUGGACAAUUACAACUACAAUAAUGAAGAUAUGAAUAAUCUAGACGCAACAGAGUCUGAAUCAGAGUUUCAAAUUAUGGAAUAUUUCACCAAUUUUUACAAUAAAAUUGCUCCAAUACUAUUUGGGCGACUAAUCAAAAGAGAUGCCACAACAGAAAUGACAGAAAUGAAUGGUAAAAUAAAAAAGACUCAGAAAGACGAUCUUUUGUUGAUUCAUUUAGUAAAGCUGGUAUCAUUUAUUUGCACUGAGCAUGACCGCGUUUUGUCUAGGAGAUUCAUACUAGAAAAUGGUAUACUAGAUUCUGUCAGCAACCUCAUCAAAGGUAACCAUAUACUGCAACUAAGGCUAACAGCGGUAAGGUGUAUUAAAAAUAUCAUAUGUCUUGAUGAUAAAUACUAUCAUCGAUACAUGAUUUCCAAAAAUCUGUAUGCACCAAUUUUCAAACUCUUCCAGGAGAACAUAGACAAAAAUAAUCUUGCAAAUUCAUGCAUUCAAGAUUUUUGUCGAAUUAUCAUAAUGGAGUGCAGAAUACAUCGAGACGAUGACCAUAACAGAAGGGAGAACAGCAACGGUACUUGUAAUAAAAGCAGUAAUAUCACCAAGCCAAAUGGAAAUAACAGCCGGACAAACUUUACCAUAUUAAACAAAUACUUAGUUCAAACUUAUGGUAGCAUUCUAAGAAGAGCUACUUAUAUUCCGUUCAUUCAAGAUAUGUUGAAAUUUGGAGAGGAAAGUCAAUCAGAGCAUUCAAGUUUAGAAAACGGCCUUGAAGGCGAAAAUGAUGUUUCAGUAAAUAUACCAUCAGACGGAUUGGCUUCUAAUCAUUUAGAGGAUAUCGAUAUGAAAAAUGUCAAAAGAUUACAUUCAGAGAUUGAGCAUUUUGACAAUGAUCCUCAUUAUUCCGGUGACCAGUUAGCAUUUAAGAAAAGCGUCGACCAAAUGAAUGCAAGCACAUAA